AUGAUCUCUACUACUACCCUGACCCGUGCCGCCCGUGUUGCCUUCCAAGGCUAUCUUACAGCCGCUUUCUUCAAAAUAAUCGUCGUCGACCGCACUAUCGAGGUCGUGUCCAGAUCAGAGAAGGUCUCCAUUCGCCUUGUCACAUCCACUGUCUGCUCCUCGACAGCCGUUCUUCUCAUAGCCACCACCAAAGCUGCUCAACAAUUCCUCAACGACGAUCUCCAACGCGUCCCCGCUCACAAGGACGUCGACGAUGCCGUUGGGCCCAAUGCAUGUUUUGCUGGCGGUAGAGUUGCGGAUGCUAUCUCAACAACCAAGGCUUUUGGAGCACCAGCUCAGCCAUCCUCGUCGCGUGCAGUGAUUGAAUCAACUGAACCCGCCUUUGACGGUCCCACCGAAGGCUUGUCGACAAUUGAUUCUGAUACGACACUGAUAGCCUGUGAUAAAGACUCGGCUAAGGACAUUUUCUCCGGUGAUUGUGUCUCAGACACCACAGACCUUGACUCGGAGUCGCUUGCUGAUGAAAGCACUUUAUACGAGGACGACUGUCAGGCUACAGCACAGUGCCUUACAGAUGAUGAACCGGAACACAUCUUGCACGCUGAAUAUGACUCUCAGACUAUCAACGAUCCAAUCCAAAGAAUGGCAACUCUUUCUCUCGACCAUGUACCGUCUCAUUUAUCAAGUCUCAACAAUGUAUCUUCUCUCAUUUCAACUAUCUCUCUCGACGAUGUAGCUUCUCAUACUUCGAUUCUCCCUCUCGACAAUGUACCCUCUCACAUUUCAACUAUCUCUCUCGACGAUGUAGCUUCUCACAUUUCAAUUCUCCCUCUCGACGAUGUACCCUCUCAUUUAUCAUCUCUUUCUCUCGACAGUGUACACUCUCACUUAUCAACUCUCCCGCCACAGCACAUUCUAUACGCCCACACUAUCAACACCCUACCUGACCCGUCUCAGCCUUCGGAGCUUCAGUCAACACAUGCCCUAAAUGAUCGCACCAUCACCAACCUACCUGGAACUCCUCCUGAUUCUCAGUCAUCGAAAUGUCAGCCCCGAUCCACCCAAGUACAAGACUGCCCUAUCGACGACCUAAUUCGAAGAAUGUUAGAUCUUUCUCUCGACGAUGCUCCCUCUCAAUUAUUGACACUUGGGCCAUAUCACGCUCUACACGGCAGACCUGUCGACGCGUUACCUAAUAACACAAAAGUUCUUGCUCUCAAUGACAGCCUCGCUAUCAAUACACUACCAGAAAACCCAGACGCUCUUACUCUCGACGACAAUCAUGCUAUCGCUAUUGACGCUCUACUGCAAAAAUCAGCAGCUCUUACUCUCGACAACCACGCUAUCGCUAUCGACGCUCUACUGCCAAUGCAAAAAUUAGCAACUCUUACUCUUGACGACAACUACGAUAUCAACACGCUACCCAAUAACACAGACGCUCUUGCUCUCGACGGCAACCACGCUAUUGACGCUCCACCGCAACAAUCAGAAGCUCUUACUCUCAGCUUUGAUGCCUCUCAGUCAUCAAAGCUUCAGCUACAACACAUGCUACACGACGACACUGACGACACGCUACUCCACAACACGGGUGCUUUUUCUCUCGACGACGGUUCAUCUCAGUCAUCGGAACUUCAGCUGCAGUCCACCCUAGACGAUACUAUCGACGUGCUGCUGCAAAAAAUGGAUGCUCUUUCCCUCGACGAUCAUCCCUCUUGGUCACAGCCGCGGCACAUCCUAUAUGACGACACUCUCGACGAUAGCAGUCCUCGACACUUGCACCACAAGAUUUCCUACACCAUGAUGCCGCCAACACCCUACUCCGAAAUACCAAACCUCUUACUCACGAUAGUUGCUCUUAGUCCUCGGAAUUUCGACUACGACACACCCUACACGACGAUGCUAUCGACACCGUACUUCGAAAUGUGGAACCUAUUAUUCUCAACGGUAGUCCCUUGCAGUCGCCAAAAAUUUAGCCACAACACAUCCUAUUAG